AAAGACAUCGACAUUUGAUAUUUCUUUAGUUCUCAUUGAAUGUACUUCAAAUAUAUUUGAAUCUGUAUUUUUAUUUUGAAUCACAUCUAAAAUCACAUAAAAAAAAAAUGAAAACGAUCAUAAUUAUUUCUGCUAUUUGUGUUUGCGUUAGUGCAAUGACACUUGAGGAAUUAAAAUCCGGAUUACGUAUUGUGCGGUCACUUUGCUUGACACAAACUAGUGUUGAUCAACAAAUAGCAAAUGACGUUGAUGAUGGCAAGAUCAAUAUAGAUGACAAAAAUGUUUUAUUAUACGUUGAAUGUGCGAUGAAAAAAUUUAAUACUGUUGAUGACAAUGGAAAUUUCAACGAAGAAGUUACUAGAGAUAUUGUGAGAGCAGUUUUAGACGAAAAUGAAACUGAACAACUGAUUACCCAAUGUUCACCUAUCUCUGAUACCGAUGUACAUGUAAAAAUUAGUAAGAUAUUACAGUGUUUCUUCAAAUUUAGAACAGUAAAUGAUGUACUAAAUUCCUAAACUAUCAAGUUUAUCGGUUCAACUAUCAAGAAGAAGAGGAUUAUCCAGAAUACUUAUUUUAUACUUACUUUUUAUAUUAAUAUUUUGAUUAUAUAAUAUUUGAUUAUUAUUAACAUAUUUUAAUUAAAAAAAUGUUUGAAAAUAUUAAUUAAUAAAUUGUUAUAUAUGAUUA